AACAGCACAUUCAUGAGCAGUCAGUCAGUCAGUCAGUCAACAGUUUAGUACCUCUGGAGAAUUCACUUCUUUUUCUCUGAAUGUCACAUUUGUUCAAACGCGCCUCAUACAAUGAGGAUUAUAAUCUGGAGCAUCGUGAGCACCUUUCUGUUCAGCGUCAUUUUUACGCAACGACGUCGAAGACCAGUUUUCACAUGUGGCGGGAACUUUACUGGAGACACAGGACUGAUUGGAAGUCAGGGGUACCCCGGUGUUUAUCCACCCAACAACAAAUGUGUGUGGAGAAUUACAGUCCCUCAGGGGAGGCUCGUGUCCCUCUUGUUCCGAGUUCUGGAUCUUGAGAGUGAUAGUCUCUGCAGAUACGACUUUGUUGAUGUAUACGAUGGCCACAUCAACGCGCAGCGUCUCGGCCGCUUCUGUGGUACCGCCAAACCCCGAGCACUGGUCACCAAUGGAAACAAGAUGCAAGUGGUCAUGGUGUCGGACGCCAACACAGCUGGGAGUGGUUUCCUUGCUGCAUACUCAGCGAUCCGCCCAAAUGAAAGAGUUGACCGGUACUGUGGGGGUCUUCUAGACAAACCCUCUGGGACAAUAAAGACCCCUAACUGGCCAGAUAAAGACUACCCACCGGGAGUAACGUGUUCCUGGCAUAUUGUUGCUCCUCUAGACCAGAUCAUUGAGCUGAAGUUUGAGAAGUUUGAUGUGGAGAGAGACAGCUACUGCCGCUACGACCAUGUGGCUGUGUUUAAUGGGGGAGAAACUAAUGAGACACGUAAGAUCGGCAAGUUCUGCGGAGACAGCCCACCCAUGCCAAUUUAUUCAGACGGUCAUCAUCUCCUCAUAACGUUUCUCUCCGACCUGAGUCUGACUGCUGAUGGAUUCCUCGGCCAUUACCGCUUUAAAUGGAGGAGUCCCAGCACAGCCAGCGCCCCUCUGACCCCCGCGGGCACCAUAUCACCCAGCACACCACCCGCAGCUCUUACAUAUUCAGAAGAACUUUGCAAGCAGAAAUGUAAAAGGACUGGAACAAUUGAAAGUCAUUACUGCUCAAGUAACUUUGUGAUUACGGCCACUCUUAUCUCAGCAGCCAUGAGGGAGCAAAGCGUUCUUGCCACUUUUUCCAUCAUGCACCUUUAUAAAGAAGGAAAUUUAGCCGUACAACAAGCUGGGAAAACCAUGAGCACUAAAGUCACAGUCCUCUGCAAACAAUGCCCACUGGUCAGAAGAGGGCUUAACUACAUAGUCAUGGGACAGACCAAUGAACACGGACAAGGCGUUAUUUCCCCUUAUAACUUUGUGAUGCUCUUCAAAACCAAGAAGCAACAGGAUUUGGCCGUGCUGAAAAAUAUACGCUGCUGAUGUGCACAGGUGACCAAAGCCAUGCCUAGAUUUCUUUGACAAACCAUUCACUUGAUGUACACGCAGCUAAUAACAUUCAUACUUGAAGGACUCUUUCAGUAUUAACUGAAACGCAGUGUCUUUUACUACACACAACACGAAAAGAUUCCAGCGACAAGCAAUUUGUCUGUUUCGACAUGACAGAAACAUUUUAAUACCAGCCACUGCAGUCAUUAACAUUGCAUUCUUCAGUAUUUAAAGUAUCUGGCUACAGAAUGACUGAUGUUGUUGGUUUCAUUUCAAACUUUCAUUUUCAAAACGUUUGCUAGUUAUUUUUAGGGAUGCACCGAUACCAUUUUUUUAAAUCGAUCCGAUCUCGAUACCAAAAUUGACCGAUACUGAUUCAAUCCCGGUACUGUUUUUUAAUUAACAUAUUACAGUUUCUAAAGUUCAGGUGCUAAACUCAAAUAAUAUAUCUUCUUUAGUAAAAAAUAACAGACCUAUAGGCCUACUGUAUAUGACAGAUGGCACAAUCUAACUAAACAUGAUGCUUGCUGUAAACUAUGAGCUACAUUAUUUGAGAAUUCAUUAUGACAUUGAUAUGAUCUGUUGUGGUCCAGUUUCCUUUUUAAUAUUAAGAUUUUUCUUUGAAAUCUGUAUUAAGAUACCCUAAUCGUUGGUAAAAUAGCAAGCCUUUAAGGAAAGCCUGAUAUUUUCCGGCAGGUUUGAUGCAGACUAAAAUAAACCGUCUGAGGUGUUUUACUUAUUAAACAUUCUCUCACAUAAACUCGCUGCGAGUGAGACUGAGAAACUAAAAGCAUGUCGGAAAAAUUAUUUUUUGUUUGAAAAAUUAUCUUUUUGAAACAAAUUUCGUUUGGUAUAAUUUGUUGGUUAUUUUAAUGUAUUUUUGUUGGUCAGUUAUCUACAAAAAAAACAAGAAUAUUUGAGGUGAAGUUCAAAACAAGGUCCGCUUAUAGACCCAUGCUUCAGUGUACAAAUUGACAAAUAAGUCUGUUAAAUAAAAUAUUAAUAUUUAAAAUUAAAGUGAAUUAUUCACAGUUUCAGAGUAGCCUAUAUUAGGCUAAAUAAUUUUCUGUUAAUGACAAUCCAUAUGCGCCGGGACGUCAGUUUCACUGUUAGCCUAUUCAUUUAAUCAACUGCUUUGACCACAAUGAGCCAGGCUUUAAAAACUAUUUGCACCACUUAAAGUAUUCCCCUUGGAAAAAUAAACUCAGUCGGAAGGAUGAGAGAACAGAAGCUUAUUGUAAGAAAAAUAUCUUAUGGAGCGGCGCAUGUCACGUCUGAGCAGCCGGUGCAUGAAUGGAGCGCUUGCAUCACUGAGACACAGCCCUCCGGUAUACAGACACUUCCAAAACAGCAGCACAAAGUGGAAAAAUCAGUGUGUGGAGGAUCUGUCCAAUGUAUUAUUGAGCCUUUUCUCAUUUAAAGUUUCACGUAGGCCUACUUUGUGUGUGAAGAGCAGGUAAUAACCCUCUCUACUCCAGUGUUGUAAAUGCAAUCUCCAACAUGAUUUCAAAACAGCAAUGAUGUUGCAGGUCAGAAAGAACCCAUUUAAUGCAAAACUAAAUGCAUUCCUCCACUGAUUACUUGUAUUAACAGGAACAAGUCUUGGAGAAAUUUUUUAGGAGUUGUCAUGAACAAGACACGCAGUUUGAAUUGUGAAUGAAUGGAGAAUGACUGACAGGCGCAGCGGCGGGAAGCGCUGAACUGAACAUGAAUUUAACCACGUGUAUGUUCAUCUGUACUUCACAUUAAACUAUAAAAUGGCUUCAAAACAUUUCAGAUAUAGUAGGCCUACAUGACAACUUUCUAGUGCCUUUUAAUAGGCUACCUUCCUGGCUUUUAUUGGUUUAUAAAUUACAUCGAAUAUAGCGCACACGCAAGAUUGGAUUUGGAUCAGUACCAGCUGGCCGAUAGCUGAUCCAGCAAAAAUAUGCAGUAUCGAACCUAUAUCCGAUCCAGGUAUUGGGAUCGGUGCAUCCCUAGUUAUUUUAUUUUCAAGAUCUGAGGUGAACUGGCAACACGCUAAUAAAUGUCACGUAAAAUGGUAUUCAUACUCACAUUGGUAGCAUAUAACACCGAAUAAAGCACAUAAUCAGUACCUGAGGUGAUCAUUGUCAUUGUAGUUUAUGUUGUUGCCCAGCUGUGGCAUUGCAGAAAUAGAAACCCUUUCACAAAUAGACAUUUUAACAUGGAAAGAUAGCUUGUAUUGCAUGUCGCAUGUAGUUUGGACCCGGUGUUAGAAUGGUAACCAUUUCUGAACCACAAUGACCCCCAAUAGUACAUUAAAAAUAUCUUUAACCAGAUGUAUCAAUGACAUCUUCUAAUCUAUGUACUGAACACUUGUCCUUCAUAUAUUGUCUAGUGAACUAAAACACAAACACUGUGAUUUGCUGUAGCUGGAUAGUGGUGACAUUUACGUCCCAGGAGAUGCGAACAUGUUGGCCUUUAAGUCUGACAUUUAUCUAAUCUAUCUAGUGUUGUAAAGAGUGAACAAAGAUUGAAGGUGACAAAAUGAAAUGAAGUGCACUGGAAAAAUUGGAACUAUGUCAGUUGCAGAUACUACAGAGCAUCCUGACUCCUUUACCCUGAUUCACUGUUCCCUGCAUUAGUCCACUAAUACACUACCUGAAAAAAAAUCUUGUCACCGAUCCAAGUUUUAGGAACAACAAGUAAUGACUUCUAGUUGAUCAUUUGGUAUCAGAAGUGGCUUAUAUGAAAGGCAAAGGCCUCUAGAUUACACUUAUUUAACCAAAAUAAAAUAUGAUCAUGCCUUGAUUUUUUAUUAUUUAGUUAGGACAGUAAGGUCUGACUUUGCUUAGACAAAAGUCUUGUCGAUUAACAGAAAUACUGUACAGUAUAGAAUAUAAAGUCAUGGUGCAGUGGAAAUAGAAUAGAUAUUGGAUAUGACUCCCAUGAGCUUGGAGAAUUGCAUUCAUACAUCUCUGCAAUGACUCAAAUCACUUAUUAAUAAAGUCAUCUGGAAUGGCAAAGAAAGGGUUCUUGCAGGACUCCCAGAGUUCAUCAAGAUUAUUUGUAUUCAUCUUUAAUGCCUCCUUCAUCCUACCCUAGACAUGCUCAAUAAUGUUCAUAUCUGGUGACUGGGCUGGCCAAUCCUGGAGCACCUUGACCUUCUUUGCUUUCAGGAACUUUGAUGUGGAGGCUGAAGUAUGAGAAGGAGCGCUACCCUGCUGAAGAAAUUGCCUAAAUUUCUUGAUUCGUCAGGCUGUCCUCAGGCCCCAUACUGAAUGUAACCCCAAACCAUAAUUUUUCCUUCAGCAAACUUGACUGAUUUCUGUGAGAAUCUUGGGUCCAUGCGGGUUCCAAUAGCUCUUCUGCAGUAUUUGUGAUGAUUGGGAUGCAGUUCAACAGAUGAUUCAUCAGAAAAAUCUACCUUCUGCCACUUUAACAAAUGAUCAACUAGAAGUCAAGUUAUUGUUUAUUGCUCUUACAACUGGGAUAGACGACAAGACUUUUGUCAGGUAGUGUACAGUGCACUGAAGGAAUGCAGUUUUGUCUAUUAGUAAAGUAUUUUGAUUUUAGUCAUGUGUACAAAUGUUAAUUUAAUUAAAUUAUAAUUUAUUUAGAAACCUACUUUAUCGGACUUGAUCGGACUUAUAUUCUGAUGUGGUCGCCAUCUUGUAGUCGGAUACAGAAAUUCAUUCGGCCUGCAAACUCUCACUACAUUAUGGGUAUUAACUAGCUGCUGAGUGUACAUCAGUGCAUUGUGGGAUUGAUUGAGUCAAAGUCCCUUUAAGGCAAGUCACUUCACUCGAUGGCUUGAAAUGCCUCUCGGGAAGUAUGCUCAAGCAUUCUGUCUGAAUGGGGAAAUGGGCACGGUGGCCCAGUGGUUAGCACUGUUGCAUCACAGCAAGAACGUCACUGGUUCUAGCCCUUACCAAGC